CUUACCUCCUGGCGACAGGUGUAGCGGGUAGCCUGACGCAGGUGAACUGUUGACAGGGCAGACAGGCUAUGGAGGUCGUUGAGAGUACAUCGGGAUGUGGAGUUAUCAAGAGGAUGAGGGUGGAUUCAGCUAACAACACACAAGUGGAGGCCCCGGUGGUUUUGUCUGACGGGCCGAACCUAUACAACAUCAAGGACUCGACUAUCACAUUGCAGGAAACAAACUAUGAAACACCAAACUAUCCAUUGCAGAACAUAAUGGAUUCUACAGAAAUGAUGAUAAAACGUGAAGAUUCUGACAAACACGUAUCAUCCUAUGCAGAAAGGUCAGCUUUGAGGCAUUUGAAAAACACUGGAUGUGUAUUUAUCAAAGGAAGAAGCGGUACAGGGAAGUCUAGGGUUGCCCUCAGUCUCUUGUCACAGAUUGAAAAAGAGACAGAAAGAAAACCUUUGCUAUUAUCUUUUCCCCAACAGUGGAAAGACAUUCCGGUGGGUAAGCCCAAAGAGAAAUAUGUUGUGCUAAUUGACGAUAUAUUUGGUUCCUCCAACCUGUUUCAAUCCCAGGUAGAUGAUUGGAGUAAGGUGCUGAAAAUCAUGAAUGCCGUAGUAGAGAGUGGCAACAUCUUCCUUGUCUUAACCUCUAGGCCAGAGAUCAGUGCCCAGUGUGAGAAAAAGAUGAAGACACACGAACUAUUCAAACGAAUCAAAUGCGUCACUCUGGAUGACGGCGAGUUCUCGCUCAGGGUUUCAGAGAAACAGAAACUCCUGGAGAAAUACUUUGGGAGGAAGAUCAGGCUAUCUGAAAAAGAGAUGACAGAAAUUGCAGAAAUGAAAACAUCUCUUGGUUUUCCUCAAUGCUGUACAUUCUUUGCAUCUAACAAAUUGCCUGCAUCAAAGGCAGUAAGCUUCUUCCGCAACCCUCAAGUCUGUCUGAAAGAAAUUCUUGACUGUUUGAAGGAAUGUGAGCCAUUGAGCUACUUUGUGUUAUUACUGGUGAUGAGUCAAAAGGGGUUUCUAGAACACAAACUCUUAAAAUCGAGGAAAGACAGAAACUUCAGUGACCUUGUAGCAGAGUUGUCUACGUUCUGUGAUAUUCCGGCUCCUCCGGGGUUUGGCCAAAUAGCAAGUAAAGCUGUUACUCUGUCUGGCGUCUAUCUCCUUAACACAAAGAUUGGUUAUGAAUUCCAGCACCAGUCGAUAUAUGAUGCAGUUUUUCUUGACCUGGCUGAUGAGGAUCCAGAAAUGUGCAUCAAAAUUUGCCCUGCACAGAUGCUCGUUGAGCUGGUGAGGACACAAAGGGAUGAGACUGAAGAAGAUGGUGUUGUGACUCGCUUGUCAGAAGAACACUACGAGAUCCUUGCCGACAGAAUUACAAACAUCCUUCUGUCUGAAGAUGGUAGUGAGAUCCUAAAUCACUCUUCAUUACACGACAAAGAAUUUCUACCAUAUCUGGAGACAAAAUUGGAACAAGACGUUUGCGAAGCCAUAGUUAAAAGAAAAACAACUGCCUCAAGCGUCACAUACUACCCAGACAUAUCUAAGAUGAUUGAACCUCAUGUCCUAUUUACUUAUACAUUUCUCCUUUCUCAUAUGGCGAUGAAGCAAAGCACCUUGGCCAAGCACAUUCUGUUGAAAACUGCAGAUAUCCCAGAAAAGGUUUUGAAGGAAUCUAUUAUUUGUGCUAUCUACCAAAGCCACAAUGACAUAAUUAACAUGCUACUUGACAAAGGGGCUGUUCUGGAUGAACCAUGCGUUAGAGCACUUUCAGCCUCCCAAAGUGUUGAUGGACCGACAUCGAUGAGAUUGCUUGAUUUGAUAUCAACAGGAUGGGAGGGCUUCCAAGAUAGACUUAAUAUGGUUUUCUUGGCAUCUCUUAAUGGCAAUGUGGACGUGGUCAAGAGAAUCAUAGACACGGCUGGGGAUGGAAGCCAAGACCUUUGUUACAGAUGUCUUUCUGCUUUGUUCAAAGAGAUGACAAACAACACAGAGUAUCACAACUUGGAAUGGAUGGAGAAGAGACGCCAGAGCCUUGAGGAAAUACUCCACUUGUUGUUAAAUCGCAUUCCAGACAUGGAGGAAGUAGCUCAGUUGGUGCAUAAAUGUGCAGGAUAUGUGUAUCCAGUAGCUCUGAAGAUAGUUAUAGACAAAUGCACAUUCCAUAAGGUUGAAAUCCAUAACUUGAAGGAAUGUCUGCAGAAAGCGUGUGAAAAUGGUGGUGGCGAGUGUGUACGCGUCAUCUUGGAACAUAUGACCAUUACGGAGGGCAUCUAUGACAAUAUUGCUGACUGCAUAUGCUUGUCUGCAGCAUCAACCACAGACAGCUGCCUGAAGAUUCAGUUGUUGUUGAAUUUUAUUGAUAAACUUUGUGCGAACAUUGGCAACAUUCCAUCGCACAGCCAGACACUGAAUAGGAUAUUUGGAGUAUUUACCCCGUUGACUAAAGCAUCACAACAAGGCAACGUGGACACUGUGAAAAUGUUGAUACAGAAAGGCGCUGAUGUCAACAUGGAGGAUGGUCAGGGAUGUACACCUCUUCUCUCAGCUGUGGGUUGGGACAGCUUACCAUGCGUAACAGUACUUCUUGAAUUCGGAGCUCUUGUUAACAAAAGUGCAUCAGAUUCGCAACCAGUUUUAUUGCGUGCUAACCGUCUUGACAUAGUUCAGAAGCUGGUAGCUGCUAAAUGUGACAUAAAUGCAACAGACGAAGAAGGUAAAUCAGCUCUACACACAGCGGCCCUUUUCAACAACUUAGAUGUUCUUAAAUUUGUAUGCAGCAAAGGAUGCAAUGUUGAUCAGCCAGAUGAGGGUGGUGUCACAGCAUUUCACGUUGCAGCGGAAUAUGGGGAAGUGGAUAUGGUGAAAUAUCUGCAUAAAAUGCAUGCUAAGCCUACAGUUGAUGUUGAUGGGUGGUCACUGCUUCACUAUGCUUGCUUUUCGGUCAAUGAAGCAAUGGAAAAGGUGCAGUUUCUGGUAGACACAGUGAAAGUCCAUGUUGAUACAAGAGACCAUGAUGGCCGAACGGCACUCUAUCCAGCAGUACAGACAGCAGGUUUGGAAGUGGUUGAGUUCCUUGUAGAAAGGGGUCUGAGUUUAAGGGACAGGGACAAUGAUGGCAACACUUAUCUACAUGCAGUAUUCCUGAGAUAUUCAAACUCCAUUCACGACGAGGUAGUGAAGUUCCUAUUCAAGGCCAAUGUGGAUCCAGACUUAUAUAACAGUCGUGAUAGAAGAACACCUCUGCAUCUUGCAUUAGAUUCAGGAUUGUGGCACUUCUUCGAGGACCAGAUGAUGACUUUGAUUGACAGGACUUCCAAUAUCAAUCAUAGAGAUUCCGAAGGGAAGACCCCCCUGCAUAUGGCAGCAUAUCAUGAUGCCAGUGAGCUUGUUAAGCGACUACUUGACAAAGGAGCUGACAAAGAUAUAAAGGAUUCAAAUGGUUGCAAAGCCAUUGAUUUGAUACCUGAAGGGGGAAAUGGCGAGGUGAAGGCUCUUUUGUCUCCAUCUGAGUUACCAACGUGUGACUAAGCUACUUUGAUAAUCCUCAGUGUUCUAUUGUGUGACUAAGUUACUUUGACAAUCCUCAUAUUUAUGAUCGUCGGUGGUGGAACCAGGUGGUAAAAGCCUUUGUACAAUUGAAAUAGGAAUGAAUUGUGCCAGAGAUGUUGUGUCAAUGAAGCAAGAGAUCAUACGGACAUUUGGAGCUUUGCAACAUAAAUUAAGUGUGCUCUUUUCUUAACAGACAAAACAACGGAAGCAGUUGAGGCAGUCGUAAGAGGUAUAACUGCUGCCAGGUUAUCAUGUAGCAUGUGACACUCAAGUGCACGAAACUAGUUUCAAAAUCAUUUUCGGUCAGUGAUGGCCGAGGAAACGAAACGAUUGCAAAUUAAGUCCAAUUUGGUUGGCACGAGAUAUUCUGAAAAAAACCCCAUUAAAGUCGAUUUCAUGCAAAAACUUGGAAAGGGUGAUUCAGUGAUACACUGCAAUCAUAUGAAGAGGGAUAAAAAUAAGAAAUCACAAUCUGUUUUGUAGACGUUUGUCACACCUCGUCUUCCUGAGCGCUACAUUUUUUCAAUCACUUCUGGGUACUACCAGCAAUUAGGUGUUACAAUUGUCAACAGUUUGGCAACAAGUCAAAGUCCAGUGUGUACAAAUUGUAAUGGGGAUCAUAAUGUUGAAGGCUGAUAGUGUGUCCAAGAGUCGAAAUUGUGGAGGAAAUCACAGUGCUGCGUACCGAAUUCAGCGCGUCCAAGUUGAUAAAAAGUCUCUAUGUGGAGGCCACUCGCAUUGUUAAGUUCACUCCUUUAUACCUCUUACUCGUCUGUCUUUGCAGGCAGUAGUGUUGUUUCUCCUCCACCCAGUAGGGCUUCAGUUGAGAUACGUACUGCACGUGCUCCCCUGUUCCACCUGCUGUUCCUAUUUGUUCUUGUAAAGUGCAGGGGUCAUAUAUUGGACUAGGUAGACCUAGGACCUUUUUGUUCGAAUUCAUUGCUGGCUGCUUCAAUCCAACCAGCAAGGAGGACCAAAUAGAUAGAAUCGUCUCAUUUGCUAAAACGUAUCUCCUGCUUGAUGUCGCCAAAGAUAUUUGUACAGUUUACAUGUUGAAAAGAAAUAAUGGAUAAAACUCUUGUAUUCCUAACUUUUUUUUUCACUGGAAUGUUCAAAGACUGCUAGCUCAUGGUGAUAAUCUUACACAAUCUCAAAUUAUUCUAAGCUUCACGACGUUAUUUGGGUCCAUGGGGCCUUUCCAGUGGCCAGAGGGAAAAUUUUAAUAUCAAAGACUACACCAGUUUCCCAUGGGAUUGAAUAAUGAGCAAUCCAAAUAUCACGAUUCGCCAUAGAGGAGGCUGUGCACUAUUUGUAAAAUAAAAUUUGUCCUUUAAAGAGUACAAGUUACCAAAACUGUUUUUGAAGCCAGUGAUGGUAAGAUUUUGUUUGACGAAGCUAAAUCUAUCACAGUGAUUAAUGUUUAGAACACUGGGAAAACAAAUGUAAACGAUAAAAUUGAUAGAGGAUGGUAAUGAUCCCUCUUUCAUGAGUGGCGAUUUUAAGUCACAGUGUUGCGUCGGGAAGUAAUAAAACAGGCUACGAUAGAACAGUUGUUGACAACGUUUCAGAUGGAUCACUUGGUGAUUGUAAAUGAUAGUAAAAUGACCCUAAUGGAUUUGGGUGACGGGUGUUUUCGGUCCUGGACCUUUCGAUUAUAUCCUCCACAUUAGCUCCAAGAAGCUCCACUAUGUAUUCCAAGAAGAUUCUCCAGGUAGUGAUCACUUCCAAGUAUUCACUGAAAUUCAAGUCCGCUUAGAUCUUCGAAUGUACUCAAUCCCCGUUGGAAAUUUAAACUACAAACUGGUCCGAUUUCUCUUCUCUUUGUGAGAAACAUAUUACAUCUAAACUAAUAAAUGAAGAUGUUGAUGUUUCAAAUGAUAACAUUACACAUUAUUGAAAUAUCCCAAGCAACCAUUGGAAAAUCGUCAAGUAAGCGUUCCACUUUCAUCCCAAAGGUUUGGUGGAAUGAUGAAUAUGAAAGGGCAAGCAAAGUAAGGAAACAAGCUUACAUUAGGGUUUGUGAUACUUCACUUCCCUGUGACCUUAGGGAAUUUCAACGUGUUGUUCGUUGCGACUAAACGCUCUAGCUGGCGCAACUAUAUUUCAAGUAUAAUUAAGAAUUGAAUGCCAGCACUGGUUAAGCUGUGUGAACCUCAUGAAAGUUUAACCAGCGCUUUUAAAUCGUUCACACUUCAUGAACCCAUUCAAACUGACGUUUAAUUCUUAUAAUUUCAUGCUUUGUAGUUUACUGAUGUGGAAUGGACUGGUGGGGAUUGAACGGAAUGCCCUGAAACUUGUGUGUUUUGUGUUAAUAUUCAACGUCAGGGCGUGUUAUAUUUGGAGUUUGAGAUUUGUCGUGUGUGCUGUUAUACUUUGCUUAGUUGGUAUUUCUUGUCACCUGGGAUGGAGCUACUGUAUGACCUGAUGCUAGCUUCAUUUCUGUGCAUUUCCGGCAAAAGUUUACACGAUCUAUUUCACACACAAAAAUUCACAUCGUGUGAACUUUUCUGUCCGUUCACAGUUGUGUGAACUCCAAAUAUCAGAUCACGUGACCACCCUUUCAGCCAGUGAGCAUAAAAGAAACAGUUUAAAGUAUGAUAUUGUAUAGAUUUACUCCACCAUCUUCUAUUAAAAAAAGUAUAAAAAAGUAUUUGAUGGUACUCUUAUCCGUUAUCCUAUACCUGUUGUGACCAAUUUCCAGAAGGCUAAUGCACUAUCUGAACAAAAGUAAACUUCUAGCAGCUCUGAUAACUUCCAGAGGAAUUUCGAAACCAUAUUUUUACCUGACAUUUUUGCUGCUAUGUUGGGCUGUAGCUCUGAAUUAAACACCCAAGUCUCAAACGAUGAACUGAAAGGUGCCAUAUUAAUAUUCCUCUUCUGGAACAAACGACCUAUGUAAUGAGAUGUGUAAGCAUAUGCCUGAUUCUGCUCUUUUAAUUAUCUGUUAAAUGUUUGUUGGA